UCGUGCUCAAUGGGUGAGAGUUCUGAGAAGAAAAAAUCCAUGGAUGGAGAAAAGGAAGUUCCAUGCGUCAAGAUCCAUGUCAAACACCAGGAUAAGCCUUCGGUUUUCUUCAAAGUAAGAACGAGCCAACGGUUAUUCAAGGUGUUGUCUCUUUACUGUGAGCGUCAUAACCUCGAUUACAAGACCAUGCGCUUCGUCUUCGAUGGUGCCCGUGUUCUUCCAACCCACACCCCAAGUUCGCUUCAUAUGAGAGAUGGGGACCAAAUUGACGUCUUGGGUAACGCUGAUGGUGGUGGUGGAGGAACAUUUUGAGGACUGAUCAUAUGAAUCUUGAAAAAAUUAUUAACUAUCUUUUUAUUAUAAGUAGUUUAUAUUA